CGUGUGUACACACUGUAGGGCUCGGCAGCACUUCAGCAGUAGUAAAGUCUGCAACGGACGGCCCCUUUUCAGAACAAGCCUCGUACGAAAAGUUGAUAGAUGAGUUCUCCACCGUACGUAGUUAAACCGUCCGUUUUUGCUGUUUUCUUUACCGAAGCGAUUACACUACUUGUGUUGGUGAAAUGAAACGAUUGAGAAAUGCCAGUGGAAAUGCUACAUCCGAACCCAAUGCCUCCGUAGGUUUAUCACCCAGCCAAAUCUAUACGUUUCUGUCGACCUGUUGAGAGACUGGACCUGUGUCGGAGCCCAGCGAUGUGGCUCUGCAUGGUUUACAAUGAGACGGACACCAGCGUGGACUUCCGGCUCUGCCAGGACUUUGGCCUCAUCCUGUCAGUCUUCUCCCUCGUCUACCUCCUGGUGUGCUUCCCGUUGGGGCUGUGCUACAAUGUGCUGCUGGUCGUGGUCAACCUCUCUAACAAGGUGUCUAUGACCAUGCCGGAUGUUUAUUUUGUCAAUAUGGCCAUUGCGGGACUUGUGCUCAACCUGGUGGCUCCCGUGGAGCUGCUGAGCUCCACCUUCACCCGCUGGCACGCGUGGGAGUACAACAAUGAGGUCUACAUCACCCUCAUCAUCCUUUUCAAUAUCUCAUCUCUGGUCAUCAUGUAUUCCACCACCCUCCUCAGUCUGGACUACUACAUUGAGCGGGCACUGCCUCGUACAUACAUGUCCAGUGUGUAUAACACCAAACAUGUGUGUGGGUUUAUUUGGGGUGGCGCGGUGCUCACUAGCUUCUCCUCACUGCUCUUCUAUGUGUGCAACCACAUCUCCACUAAGAUGGUUGAGUGCUCCAAAAUGCAGAACAAGGAGGCAGCAGACGCCAUCAUGAUGUUCAUCGGCUACGUGGUUCCAGCUGUGGCUGUUCUUUAUGCCUUUGUGCUCAUUUUGCGUAUUAGGAAGGAGUCUACACCCCUGGACCAGGACUCGGCUCGCUUGGACCCUUCUAUCCACAGACUGCUUCUCGCCUCAGUCUGUGUACAGUUUGUACUGUGGACCCCAUACUACAUGACCCUGUUGGUACACACAGUAGCUGGUGCACCAGGAUACAUUAGCAAUGUACAUUACUUACCUACAUAUUAUUUCUUGAGAUGUGUGUCUAAACUGCUGGCUUUCUCAAGCAGCUUUGCGAUGCCUCUCAUGUAUAGGCAGAUGAACAAAAACUUCUCCAACAAGCUUCAGCGGCUGCUCAGGAGGCUGCACUGCAGAGACCAGUCCUGCCCUAAUGAACGCUCAACGGUGCAGCAAGUGGUGACGUGAGAUCUCCCCGUUGGGAGAUUACGCCCCUCCCACUCCCUCUUUUCAACCUCUUGGCGUAGCCGGCACUUAUCCCCCCCCCCCCUUACGGAGCCAGUAUCUAAGUGCGCUCUCUCGCUGCUCUGGACUGUAUUAAGAUCGACGUAGCUAACUGUGGAAUUUCCUGUCACCUUCCAGAAUUUGAUCUGAUCUUUCCAGUUGUGCAGUGAGAGGACACGCCAAGCAAAAACCACUAAAUGCUGUUAUUUUUUGUCACUGAGUAAAACUCUCCACUAAGACACUUGAGCUUCUAGUUCAAGGGCGGUUAACAGGCACAAUCAGCAGAUAACUACGCAGCACGGUGUUUUCUGUGUCAUGCAGUAUCCUGUUAGCAAGGAACUCCCAAGCACUAUACCAAUGCAGUGGAUGCAGCUUCCCUGGUCCAAGUGUGUUAUACAUUUUCUGCAGUGUGCAAGUUUGACCUAUGCAUGACCACCUUAAAUUUCCAAUUUGAGUCACAAUAUGUUACUAAAUACAGUUUUAGUCCUAACUUAAAUAAUUACUAAGUGAAGCAUGAUGCGUUCUCCUAUCAGACAACCAGAAGCAGUAAUCUACACACUUUAAUUAUUACGUGAAGCCAAGUUAUUUUGUUUCUUCAAAAAACUCUACAACCCUGCAUCAUUGGAUGGUGGCUGGUAAAUCAGCGACCCACCAUAGCUAAUGAACUUGCAUUGUGCGUCAGCAUUGUGUUUACUGCCCUCAAACUAGAGGCCUCGAUCAGUUGAAUGAGAAGUGAGUUCUCCCUUUUCCUUUUACUUAAACAUGUUGAACAUGAUUUCUGAUGAUCAGAGUAAAUAAUCUUUACAUUUUAAAGGUAGAGUACAUAUUAAUGGUCUCUUAAUUUCAAAAGCUUUCUUUAUUAACACCAGUACUACCCUGUAGCUAGAUGUACUGGUACGAAGUAAUGUUCUCGAUUCACUUUUAUUAAUUGAGUUCUGAGGUUUUGACACGCUCGCAGGCAUGAAGAAAUUAUUCUUGCUAGUCACGCUCCACAUCAAAUAUCAUAGAACAAAUUAAUAUACAGGUAUGUCUACACCAUUUUAACGUCAUAAAGAACUACAUGAAAUGCUUAUGUAUAGCUUAUAUUCAGGGUUUGACAUAACCAGUAUACCUCUUGUGAUCUCUACUGAAAUCACAUUAUCUGUUACCAUAAGCAGUUUCUAUCCACUCAUUGAAAUCAGCUCAUUAAUUUGAGCCACAGCCCAGUAUGUGACUAGUUCAGGAAUUAUGCUCACAUAAGGUCAGUGAAGGGUCCUUAGGAGUUGGCAUGUACAUUCCCUUGAAUGAGUGGUUGGGGAGGUUUUCCCACUGGAAAUUUGAAGCCUGACUUGGUCACUCUAGAGGUGCAAUCAAAACCUUCACCGAUUAUAAGUGACUUGCCUGUUGAGCACUUGCAAACAACGUGUUUGACGCAAAUUUUGAACUGCAUUGCUGCUCAGAUCCAAUUGCACAUCAUUGGUAAAGCUGCUUUGCUUUCUUGGCUGCCACUUACUCAAAUGUUAAGUGAACAGACUAAUUGUGAUGAACCCAAGUUAUAAAGUGAAAGAUAUAUUUUUAAACCUUGUUUUUGCAUGAGGUCUCUGCAUCUCUCAUCACUGCAGUAGUUUAGUUUUUGUAUUUGCUUUCUGAAUUGGAGGGCCAGUUUAUCAAUCAUUCUUUGAACAGAUAUACCAGCGGGGUGGGGCACUCACUUGUAGAGAAAUGAAAGGUGGGCACACUGUUAUAUUUCACCUACAGACAUCAAUAAAUCCUAAUCACUUAUAUCUGUAGACAGUUUUAAUUUACACCUUCAACUAAACAAUUCUGUGAUGUGCCUUGACACAAGAUGUGAGCUACACUUUCAGCGUAAAAUGUAAAGGAUCGCCAGCUGUACUAACUCAGAUUUAAAGCCUUUCAUACAUAUAUGAAGUUAUUAUAAGAUCAUAGGAUUAUAUCACACAAACCCAAACUGUAUUUCUUUAAACAUCUCGUGACUUUGGAUAUUUUUGUCUAAAAAUGAGAUAUGAAACAGUGUCCAACAUUAUAAUGUUGGCUGCAUAGCCCCACCCUUAUGUGUAUCUACAAUCAGAGAAAGGUACUGUGUUAUUUUCAACUGAGGCUGUGUUUACAUUAUGUGCUACAGUAUGUGCUGCCCCAUAAAAAAAAAACGUGUAUGUAACGUGACACAGUUAAUCAUUAUUGGAACUCAGUUCAAAGUCCUAAUGCUAAAGCAAACAGUAGUACAUGGUCAGAUGAUAAGUGUUUUUUUAUCAAAGCUUGUGAAAUUUAAGCAACAUUUGUUAAGGUGGUGUCCAUUUUUAGACCCAAAUUGGUGCACUAUAAACUGUUGGACAAAACACGCUGUUAUUUAAUCAAUAGGUCCAACAGUGACACUUGAAUUAUACUGUAUAGAAUUGAAUGUUUCCCAGAUUUCUGAUUAUGUGACAGUUUACUACAUCCAACUAGAAGGCACUCGACAAAAACUCAAAACCUUUUUUUUGCAAUAAAAAAAAUUUAAUUUCUGUCUGAAUCUGAAUUUGCAUCAAACUACAAAAAGUGAAUGAUAACUGUGCCAAUUUUUGGAGAAUAGCUAAAUAAGAGUUAUGACCAUCUAACUUUACCGUGUUGCUGCAGUGCCACCUGUAGGGAAAAUAUCAUCAGGUUUUGCAAGAGUAUUGGAGUUGGUAGUGCAUGUGCCAUCUAAAUUUGGUUGCAAUCACACAAAAAAGGCCUCACCUUUAUCACUAAAAUCGACUUACUUUUCAUGCAGGUUUUGCAGCUGAAAUGUUUUGCUAAGUAUUGUAAGACACAGGACCUCAAACCAACUCCUUGGCAGAGGUAGCAACCUCUACAAUCCCCGGACUAGCAAUCCCUACAAAUGGACUGACUGCAUGAUGCACACAACUGGCAAAAAAAGAUUGAUUAAAAGACAUAUAAGCUCAAAAUCACGGCCAACUCAGAUUACUGCUCAGGUCUGAGUUUGGUUUAUUAGUUCAGAGGGGCCAUAAUCUCACAUCAGUGUGAAGACUUUUGAGCAAUGAUCACUGAGUUCAGUUGAAUGGCUGAAACAGACCAGGUGUAAAAACACCCUCAAAGUCCUUGUGUGUCAAAUGUAUGCAGAUGCAUUUUAGCUAUUUGAACAACAAAACCUCAAAAGUCCAGAUGAAUCCACGUUCAGAUGUGAUGCUUUUGUGACUGUGUAUGCACGUGUAAAAAAUAAUGUAAAUACUGUAUGUGAGAGAUUUACAGGCGAUAGAUACCAUGCUCUUUUAAAAAAACAGUAUUUUUUUCUGAGAGAUAUAUUUAGAUUUUGUAAGUAAUCCACUCUAUUGUCAAGUGAGUCAAAGACUGAUUAAACAAUAAACUAACCAGGAUAUU